CUCCAUUUAUAGCUCCCCGUUUGUCCAUAGAUCUUACUCACUCAAUCACUCACUCACUCACUGUAUAUGCUGAAUCCAAUCUUGGCAUUGAAGAGUACUGAAAAAAAAAAUGGCAACCAGCAUCACUUCCUUCCUCUUGGUUUUACUUCUUCUAUCAAGUGCAACAGCUAGACCACUCUCAACAUUCCUAACAACUACUUGGGCAGAAUCUGAUCACUUGCACAUGCCCCCAUCUCCCAAUCCCACGUUAUUAUCACCAGAGGAAUCGGGCAUGGAUACUGAUGAUGGCUGCAGGGGUUUAGAAAGCGAAGAGUGUUUGAUUAGAAGGUCCAUGGUUGCCCAUACGGACUAUAUAUACACUCAAGACAUCAGUGAACCAUGAUUUUGUGUUCUUUUUUCUCACUUUAAAAGUGUGCAAGUUUUGAUAUCUUCUGUGGAAAGAAUUAGACAAAAGAUUCAGAUUUCAUAUGAAACUGGGAAACUGCCAUCCGGUUCUCU